AGUACAUAUCACCAACUGUAUCCAGUCUCGACUAAUACUGCUGUUAAAUCUGAAGGUCAUGAAUCACUUUCCACGACAAUGAAUACUACUUCAGUCGGCGACGAUGAGUAUUGCCAGGAUAAGACCCGUUUUCGUCUCUUUAAAGGCCUCAGAGUAGCAACCGCUGCACCAAGACAGGGAUGUCCUGACAUAAGAGCUUUCAAGCAUGCAGAUACAAAGAAUCGGGUGGUUGAAUCUCCAUUAUUUAGGCAAUCAUCGACACCGUUGUCACAGAUACCCAUUAAAUAUCAUGCUGAGGAUCAAGUGAAAAUACCACCAUCCCCGUCACCACAACCACAGUGGAGACGAGCUCCAUCUACAGGAGUCAGUAUUGGACAAUCUCCUUUAGAACCCUCUCUGUCUCAACGGUCACAGCAAGAGGAAGCAGGGUCGUUUCCUACUCAAUAUCCAAUCCGUCAACAGACGCCUUCACAGGCAAAUCCUCAACAUCAGACCAAUGAUCAACCUGGACGCCAAAUAUCAUCUACAGUUUUUGCUGACGUGUUGAAUGUACUCACACAACGUGAAGAGCACAAUCAGCCUUGCCCUUUUGUUGUAUAUUGCACAUACAUUGAGAGGGUUGAACAUCUACAUCAUGGAGUUCAAGGAUGUUGUUGUACCUCCCAGAGACCACAAAGCCAUUGUGGAGCCGCAAAUGAAUCCAAUACUUAGCAAGUUUGAUCUAGGGGGAAAAUAAUCGAAG